GCAAAUCGAAAAGCAGUUCUACGUAACAAACUAAACGCGCUCCUAACAAGCCCCCUGCCUGCCUACCUGCCAACAUCUAAGCGCCUGGUCUUAGGACUCUACCACUCACACAUAGUUCCUCAUUUAUGCGUAAUAUGCUUAUGGACACUAUGUUUAAGCAGGACGCUAUGAAUUUUACCAAGCUAGAUUCCCUUGCUUCGUCUUGCGCUAGCUCCAUGGCGGCCGUUAGCUGCUCUUCACAACCACCGUGCUUCUCAGCAUUAAUAGGGACACGACGGCGACCAGGACCGCAUUGCUGAGUUUCAGGCUCACAAUAAUCUAUUUAGGGUUCACAUUGUGGCGGCUGCCACUCAUUGACAAGCAUUUACAAUGUUUUCCGACGGUUCUGCCGAAGCGUGGGACCUCAUCUGGGCCAUUCCCGCUGAUGGCGUAGUAGAACACGCAAAUCCUAUUGUUUUCGAUGCCGGGGUCGCUUGGCAGACGGCCGAAGCUUCUACCUUGGACGCCCAUCGCCAAGGGCACGGCCGCGAAUCCACGGACAAAGCGCUGCCCGCGCUCUCAGCUAAAGCUGGUGCUGCAGCUUUCGACCUGCAGCUGGGAAGUCUCGGCGCAGAAUAUAAGGCCGCAGUCUCCGGCGCUAUUUCCACCGGGGGCUGUCCUUUCGCACGGCCCUGCGCUCAUGACUCUGCCAAGGCUAGUUCUGCAGUUGCUUCUGAUGAAGAGCCUACUUGCAGCAAUUCGCAGCCUUGCGCGCCGGCCAUUGCGGGUAUGCUUGCAUCAUCUGCCUCGCUAACCGAACGGCUUCAGGCAGCAACUAUGGGAGCUGCUUCACACCAUGCGCCAAUUUACGAAGGUGUCCGUGAUGCAGCAGCGCCUUUCAUUUCCGCGGUUAGCUCAUGCUGCCGGGAUGCCGCUCUGCUUCCGGCUUCACAUACCGACACCUGCCAGGAACACAUCAGUGUUAACAAUGACGGUAACAGCGCCGACAACGGCUGCAAUAACAGCGACGGCGGCAACUUUGCUAGCGGUAGCAAGUCGGCAUUAGUGCCCUCUGGAGCUGUUGAUUCUGCCGCACACCUUCCAACGGCAGCAGAACCAGCGCCUGCUAGUCGCGACCAUGCCGUUGCCCCCGCUGCAGCGGAAACCCGCUGGAAUGCUGAGGCUUUACGCCGCAUGUGCCGAAGCCGCGAUCCCAGGGUGGUCCGGCCGCCUCAGCCUCAGCUGCAACCGCCUCAGCUGCAACCGCAGCUGCAAGCACCAGGGCACCAGGGCCAUGCCGCUGGUGACGCCAUGCAAACGCAACCGCCACUACCGCUUGAGCAGCAGCAGCUGCCAGCAUCUGACAAGACGGAUGUUGGGUCGCUUGCAGCGGCAGCAGCAACAGCAGCGGAACAGCCACCGCCACCACCGCCAGCAGCAGCGGUGGCGGCGGCAGCGGUCCGCCGACUGGGAAGCACAACGGCUACUCGGCUUCUGGCGCGGCUGCGACAGCCGUCCUCGACGGCCCGACCCACAUCGAUUGCAGCGACCAACGCUAACGACGGCAUGGGAACAGCUGCAGCUGCUAAUGGUGCUCGUGGCAAAGGCUUGGGCGUGCGCGCUCGGCGGUCGAAACGCUCCGGACGCUCAACAAAAACUACGGUGAAAGCCAGGGGUGCCGACGGCGGCGGCGGUGCUCACAUGACGAUGACUGACGACGUGGCAGCCGCCGACGGCGGCGAAGGACAGGAGGUGCCGCCGCCGCCGCAGCGGAGACGGCGGCGGCAGCAGCGCCAGACGACGCGCAAGAAGAAGGGAGGGGCUGAUUCGGCGGAUGCCCCCCCGGCCGUGCCGCCGUUGCAACGGGGCCGCUUUGACUUCCGCUCCUCCCGACGGCGACAGCGGCAGGGCGCAGGGCAGGACGCAGCGGGUGCAGCAGCGGCUGCGGCGGAGGUGGCGUUACGUCGUAAGAGGCCCGGGACAGGCGGCGGCGCUGCUGGCAGUGCGGGAGGUGGCGACAUGCCCAGUGGUGGGAGCUGCUGCUGCAGCGGAGGCGGUGCCGGUGCCGGGGGCGCGGUGGAUGCGAUGCUGGAUGAUGAGGGGCGUCAGGUUCCUCAUGGCCAAUCCUGCCAUGCGCCCAAGGACCGCCCCAGCCCCAACCACAACGGCCCCAACAUCGCUAGCGGCGUCAGCAGCAGCGACGAAGACGCCGCUACAGCGCCCAUCCGCUCCUCCCCUUCCUCUUCAUCCUCAUCUUCCAUCCCGCAACCCACCAACGAUCCCGCCACCCCCGCCCUGCCGCCCUCCCUAGAACAGCACCUCCACGACUGGCGGGCCGCACGCGCACGCAGCCUGCGGAAGGCCCCCGACGUGUUUCUGCGUCGUGGCUUGCUCAUGGAGCUGGUUGAGGCAUGUCCGACGUCCAUACUGCUGCUGGAGGAGGUACCUGGGUUACAGAGGACCUGGAUCCGGUUGUACGGACAGGAGGUGAUGGAUGUGUGUCGCAACUAUGUGCAUGUGCGCGCGGCGGCAGAGGCAGCGGAGAUGGCAGCGGAAGCGGCGGCGGACGAGGAGGAGGCGCCCGAGGCGGCGGGGCUCGGAGAGGAUGGGAGCGGGGGUGCAGCGGAGGCGGAGGAGGCGGCGGUCGGAGAUUGUGGCAUUGCGAAGGAGGAGGAAGCGAUGGGCGAAGACAGUGUGAGUGCGGAGGAAGAGGGUGAGGAGGAGGAGGAGAGCGGUCCCAAGAGACAGCGGCGGCAGCAUGGGCAGGUCAUGGAGAAGCAGGAGGAGCCGCGCGGAGGCGCAGACGUGCCAGCAUGCAUGCAACCGCCGCCGCCGUCGCACCCGAAGGCCGCCGCCGCCGCCGCUAUUCGGUUGCCGCCGCCGCCGGCGGCGACACGGAUCGCCUCGGAAGCAAAUCCCGCCACCGCCACCGCUGACGUCAGCACCGAGGCGCCGCCGCCAAUGAACCAAGCAGCAACGGCCAAAACUGCCAAGCGAAAGCGCGACGCCGCCGUAGUCGUUGCUGCCGACGGCGGCAGCUCGCUUCCACAGCCGGAUCUGCCUGCUGCCGCCGCUGCCGUUGGCAGCGGCGCCGCCGCCGCCACCGCUGCUAGCGAACCGGUUGCCGUACCCGCAGGCUGGAUCCCGCCGCCGGAAGGCGCGUGCCGUGUACGACGGGGCAGUCAACUGGCGUACGCUCACACCCCUGCCGUACGGCUCUUACGUAUCGGCGGCUUGCUUGGCUUGCUGGCGGAGGCGGGUCGUGCGGCGGAGCCCUUCCUCGCCCACAUGAAUGUCGGCAGCGCCGUUGCCGCCGCCGCCGCCGCUGCUGCUACAGCCGUCACCGGCGGCGGCAACUCGAAGCCUUUGGAGGCGCCUGUAGCGCUGACGGCCGAGGGAGGGGUCAUCGGCCCGGCCGGUAGCGCAAGUGCUUCCGGCGGAUUUGUCCUGAGGGCAGCGACGGCGGCGGAAAGCGACGCUGUAGCUGCGGCAGCGGAAGCGGAGGCAGCGAAGGGCGCCGCUGUACUACCCGUCGCUGCUAUCACGGCAGCGGCUGCCAUACAAAGCCUGGGGCGUUACGGCGGUCGAGAUCACAUGCGGCGGUUACGCACCAUGGUGACCGCUGCGUUGCCCGCAUGGGAGGUGCGCCGUGUGCUGGCGUGUCGGGAGCUGUCGCCGGAGGAGCAGGCGGGGGCCGUGCUGCGUGUUGACCCGCGGGUCGGUCGGGAGGAGAUACGGCUGGCCUUUCGGCGGUUGAGUCUGUUAGUGCACCCGGACAAGAACCGCAGUCGCGACGCGUCGGAGGCGUUUUCCAUGGUUAGCGCGGCGGCUAGGGCGCUGCUAGCGAGCGGGAACUAGAGGAGGGAUUACAGACGUGUGCGUGUAACACAGCUUGACAGGUUGAUGACAGCGCCGGAAUGGCGUUGACAGCGGCGAUAAUGCGAGCAGAAGAUUGAGGAGGUUGCAGGUGGUUACACAGCCAACGCAAAUGGUGGUUGGUUACCGUUACUGGGUCGUUGGGAUCUUGCGCCGUGACGAUUGUGACGCUCGUCAAGGGCAAAUUCCUUGUUGUGCUUGGAGUCUCGGAUUGACCAGACGGCGAGUAAGCGGAGGAAGAGAAGUAAGACGGAGGAGGAAACGAGAUGGAAAUUUUGAGCUUAUUAACAACCUGGGCCACAGCCAUGCCACACAAUUGUAUAUUAUCCUGUCCUGUCCUGUCCCACUGAUGGAACUUGGAGGAUUGCUGAUUACCGUACAGGCUAUGACUGGACGGCUGCUGCCGAAAGGCGCAUGUCACACUCGCGUUAUAGACUUGUAUCCGGUCUUUUUGCGGUGGUCAUCCCCUAGCAUCCGUUAGCGCUAGAGGAGGGGCCCCUAUGACUGGUUUGGACGGUAAUAGGUUGGUAGUCGGGACGUGUUAGGACGCGUGUGUUGGAUUUUGUUUGUCAGCACGCAGGUGCUGCACCCGUGGCGUUUAAAGCUUUCGUAUGUGUGCUAACACCAACUGAGUAAAACGUUAAUAGGAACUUGUCCGUUUGUUUUUGUGUAUCGGUUGUCGAAAUGAUGCUCCCAUCCAACUAAUGGGACUCGUGCACUCGUUUGAUUGGAUGUACGGAAAGCGGUACGGCAGCUUGCUCCAUCAUGGACCGUCUGUAUGGUUAGUUCCGUGCAGCGUCGUUGACCAAGCAGUGCGCGUGUGUUAGUUUUCGUGUGUUAUUUCCUACGUUUAAACAAACCUACCGGUAAUACGACUAUUCGUCGUUGCAGACAGAUUGCAACUCCAGCGUUGCUUGCUCUUACGUGUAUAAUGUACCCUCACAUAAAACCAUGGCGGUGGUUCCCAGCUGCUGUAAGAGAAUUAUAUUAACGCUUACCGCGCC